GUCCUCGUCCUCAUCCUCCUCAAGCUCACCACCGUGCCGCCGCCCGGACCCGCGUCCUCUCCCACCGCUGGCACCGCAUCUGGCCUCUCCUCCCGGUGCUCAGCUUCCCUUCGCCCCCCGAGCCCCACCGGUUGCGCAACGCCCUCGACGGCCACGGCGUGCUCCUCCGCGACCUCCUCGUCGGGGCCGACGGCGCCACCGCCGAGUCUCUAGCGGCCUGGCUCCCCGCCGCCGCACGCUGCGUCUCCGGCGACCUGACCCUUAAAACCUACGGUCCGGUGGAAGAUGCGGAGGAGGACGACAGCGGCGGCGAGGAGGAGGCCGCGCAGAGAGGCGCUUUUGAGUUCCCCUGCUUCGAGCAGGCCACCAAGAUCUUCUUCCUGGGUUUUCAGGGCCUCGCCGGUAUAGAGAACUAUGGCUACAUGAUGGGAAACAUGGCAGUGCUCCCAGACAUUACAUUUUUGUGCCUAAUUGUAAUGGCAAAUGGACAUGCCUUUGAGGCCAGCACAUUCCAUGUUCUCAGAUUGUGUACUGGUUUAAGAAGGUUGAGUCUGCAGUUAGUGGCUACUAAAUCAGAGUGUCAGGCCCAAACUGUAUGCACAUCUGAUUGCAUAUGCCUUCAGCAAGUAGAGUGGAAAACAGAGGAACUUUUAUUGAAUCACCUUGAAGAAGUACAAGUCAAUGGAUGGGGAGGAACUGAACAUGUAGUUGCUUUUGUGAAACGACUGUUUGAUUGGGGGACAAAGAUUAAAGAGAUGACAGUAAAUUUAUGGCAUUCAAUUUCUGAAGUCAAGGCCAAGGAGCUGUACCAAACAUUUCAGAGUUUCUCUAGGCCAGUAGUAUGCAUGAAAUUUUACCGAUACGAAAAGUCUAGUAUGGUGUUAUAUGCACCUAAGGACUAGCACACCCAAGUUGCCACUUUAGGCACUUUUUUAUGCUUUAUUUAUGUGUUUCUUCUUGUCAUGAACCGUUGAACCGUACUGUAUGAGAGCACCAACAUGCUAGCAGAUCUUAAAGAGAAAUGUUGAGAUCUAAUAUAUUUUGUAUUUUGUCUA